AUGUCCUGGAUCGCAGCAUUUGGAGCAGCUAGUGCUGGAGUAUUAGCUGUGAAACCUGUACUCGCUCUCAUCGGAUUCACGAAGGCAGGUGUAGCGGCCCACACUACUGCCGCUGUCUGGCAGGCAUCCAUAGGGAAUGUAGUCCUAGGAUCAGCAUUCGCUACCAUGCAAUCGUUGGGAGCUGGUGCGAUGCUGAGUUGGACGGGGCCGGUAGGCCUCGCUGGGCUCGGGCUAUCGUCGCUAGUCUUCUGGCUUAGAGGAUGA